AUGGAUGUCAGCAGUGUUCACAAAGAGCUAAAGCAGAGGCUGAACUUUUCCUCCUGCGAAGAAGAAAGUGAGAGUGAAGGACAGGAGGAGGCCCAGGAGAGCGGGGAGGCCCAGGGCCACGCCCCAGACAGGGCUGAGGGGCAGCGCUCAGAGGCGACGUUCACCCCUCCUGAGCCUCCACUUAGUGGCGUCUGCGAAGUUGGCACAUUUCAGGAAAAGGACAAGAUGAGUCCAGGACAGGUUUUGAGGACUCCGGUGUCAGGCUUUAGCCAACGUCCAGAGACACCCGCCCAGCUGGACAGCGGGAGCAAGCUGCUGCAUGGCGAGAGCCCCUUCACUCCCAAAGGUCUCCUAAGCCAGUCGGUGAUUUCUUCAACAGAGAAGCUCCCCUCCAGAGGCUCUAAACAUUUGAGGCUCACACCUGUUCCCUUAGUGGAUGAGAUGACCUCAUCGGCUCUGGUCAAUAUAAAUCCCUUUACCCCAGAAUCCUAUAGAAAACAAUUCCUUCAAUCCAAUGGCAAGAGGAAAAGCCGAGGAGAUCUUGAGGAAGCUGGUCCAGGGGAAGGCAAUGUAGAACAAGGGCUACCUGCCAAGAGGUGUGUUCUACGAGAAACCAACAUGGCUUCCCGCUAUGAAAAAGAAUUCUUGGAGGUAGAAAAAAUUGGAGUUGGGGAAUUUGGUACAGUCUACAAGUGUAUUAAGAGGCUGGAUGGAUGUAUUUAUGCAAUAAAACGUUCCACAAAACCUUUUGCAGGAUUAUCAAAUGAGAAUUUGGCUUUGCAUGAAGUUUAUGCUCAUGCAGUCCUUGGGCAUCACCCGCAUGUGGUACGUUACUACUCUGCAUGGGCAGAAGAUGACCACAUGAUCAUUCAGAAUGAAUACUGCAAUGGUGGGAGCUUGCAGACUGCUAUAUCUGAAAACACAAAGUCUGGCAAUCAUUUCCAGGAGCCGAAACUCAAGGACAUCCUUCUGCAGAUUUCCCUUGGGCUUAAGUACAUCCACAACUCUGGCAUGGUGCACCUGGACAUCAAACCCAGUAACAUCUUCAUUUGUCAUAAGAUGCAAAGUGACUCUCCUGUAGUCCCAGAAGAGAUUGAAAAUGAAGCUGAUUGGUUUCUCUCUGCCAAUGUGAUGUAUAAAAUUGGUGACUUGGGUCAUGUGACAUCGAUAAGCAAACCAAAAGUGGAGGAGGGAGAUAGUCGCUUCCUGGCUAAUGAGAUUUUACAAGAGGAUUAUCAGCACCUUCCCAAAGCAGACAUCUUUGCCUUGGGAUUAACGAUCGCAGUGGCUGCGGGAGCAGUGUCCUUACCCACCAAUGGCGCCGCAUGGCAUCAUAUUCGUGACGGAAACCUUCCCGACAUUCCUCAGAAGCUCUCGGAAGAAUUUUACAAUCUACUCAAGAGCAUGGUCCACCCUGACCCAGGGGAGAGACCUUCUGCAGCAGCUCUGGCCAGAAGUCGAGUUCUCCGGCCCUCCCUUGGAAAAGCGGAAGAGCUCCAGCAGCAGCUUAACUUGGAAAAGUUCAAGACAGCCACACUGGAAAGGGAACUGAGAGAAGCUCAGCAGGCCUGGUCUUCCCAGGAAGAGCACGGUGAUGCUGGGGUCUCUGGGACUCCCACAGGAUCAAGAAGCACCAAACGUCUGGUGGGAGGAAAAAGUGCAAAAUCUUCAUGCUUCGGCUGGGGGAAGUCUUCCCCAUAAGAACUCCGUUCACACCAACCCCCUUUUUGCCUUAUAGCUUCCAGAAAGAGAUAUUGACUGUGUCAGCCUUCCUCUUGUAAAGGGGAAGAUUAAGCAACGAGUGCCCAAAGAAUUCAAAAACUACUCCUAAUUGAGCA